CCUACGUAUUUGUAAACAUGUCCGCGCGCUUCUGAAAGUCACGAGAUAGCUCUUCUUGGACAUCAUUUCUGUUUUUGUAUCUCAAUUACAUUAAAUUACAACAUAUUUAUACUUAAAAUAUACAUUAAAUUGACGUCUCUCUUAAUAUAUACUGCUAGCAAUAUUGCCAUGGACCCCGACGGACAAUUACGAAAUUUACGGGACUUCCUUCUCGUUUACAAUCGCAUGACGGAAAUGUGCUUCCAGAGAUGCACAAGCAAUUAUAACUACAGAAAUCUGACAAUGGACGAGGAGUAUUGUGUGGACAAUUGUGCUGGUAAGUUGAUAAGGACCAAUCAUCGUUUAAUGGGCAUGUAUGUGCAGCUGAUGCCUGCAAUGGUGCAGAAGCGGAUGCAGGAGAUGGAGAGCAAAGCUGCAGAAGUGGCAAUAGCUGCAGCAAAGGGAGAAGUAUCAGCAUUAGAAAUCCCAUCUACUGUCAUGACAGACACACCACCUGUGUCUAUAUCAGCCCUGGGGAUCCCUGCUACAUCCUCUCAAAUAAUGGAGGUGCCCUCCUCCUCAGCUGAUGUGUUGACAUCAGGGCUUACCACAGCAACACUUGCACCAGUGCUUGAGACACUACACGAACCAUCAGCUCAUAAUGAUCCAUCAGAAAUGAAGACAUCAGCUACAAAUGGCUCAGCUUUCAGAGAAACACCUUUCAUUUUUGAGCAAGCCACUCAAGCACCAGAAACAGCCAAUUUGCCUGGCACAUCCCUGUCUAUAAAUGAAACAUCAUUGUCAGCAGUUACACAUAAAGCACAAACCUUCACAAGUGAGUCUUUAGAAGGACUAGCAAUCUCAAAAUCUUCAAGUUCUAGUGUUCCGUCACCUAAAGUAGGUGUAGGUUGUGUCUCAAGUGCAGUAGCAGCUAUCCCAGUGGAAAAACUAGAUCUAAAGCCCAGCAAUAUAACAACCACAUCUGACCCUGAAACAUGGACUUGAGGACAGAACUCCCAAACUCCAUCUUGAUGACAUAGACAGAGAGCUAUGUUCAAAGAGAUGUUGUUUAAGAAGCACUGAUACAUUUCCCAGAGCACACAGUAUGCAGUCUUAACAGCCAAGAUUCACAGUGGAAUGGGCUUCAUACAUUAUAUUUAAACACUUCUAUUACAACAUUGAAUAACUAUGCAUUG